AUGUGCAUGCACAGGUGCACUCUCUAUUCUGAUAGAAUUCGAAGAGAUAAGGCAAUCAACCAAGGAUUUACUGGACUGGGUGUGACCAAGGAAGCCACCGACUCUGACAUUAAGAAAUCUUACAAGAAGCUAGCUCUACAACUGCAUCCUGACAAGAAUCAUGCACCAGGAGCCGCUGAGGCUUUUAAGGCUAUCGGUAAUGCAGCAGCAAUCCUGACCGACCCUGAGAAGAGGAAACAGUAUGACCUGCGUGGUGAGGAACCGGUGCACUCGGGUCACGCACACCACCAGACGUAUUAUGCUCGCGGGUUCGAAUCCGACCUUACCGCUGAAGAGUUGUUCAACAUGUUCUUCGGGGCGACUGCGUUCCCGGGCGGGGGGCCCACGGUGUACAGUCGGCGGCGCGCGCGUGAGCCGGAGCCGCGGGAGGCGGCGGGCGGGCUGGUGCAGCUGUUGCCGGUGCUGGUGCUGGUGCUGCUCUCCAUGAUGUCCGGCUUCUUCAUCAGCGAGCCCGUCUUCAGCCUCACGCCCAGCGCCAAGUACCCGAUACCCAGGGAGACCGUCAACUUGAAGAUACCAUACUAUGUGAAAGACAACUUCCACACCGACUACCAAGGAUCCUUAAGGCGACUCGAAAUGUCCAUAGAAGAGGAGUUUUUAGUGAACCUACGUCACGCGUGUCAGCGGGAGCGCAACUAUCGCGACAGCAUGGCGUGGAAGGCUCGGAACUUUGGCGACUCCAAACAGUACGCCGACGCGCAGCGGCUGCGGACCCCCAGCUGCGAGAAGCUGCAGAAUCUGCAGCGAUAA